CCACGAGGCUGUUCAAAGACAAACUUUGUUUCUGGAACAGCAGAGAAUCCAGAACCGGAUCAGCGGAGAGAUGCGCGUAGAAGAAGAAAAUGCUGCCCUCCGACAACAAGAAGAAGCUGCAGAUCUGCUUUUUGAGCAGGUGAACAACAUCGCAAGCCAUGCGCGCGUUAAAGUCUUUGGGAUGGUCCAGCAAAGCGACAAAGCUGAUAAGAACCGGAGCCAGCUACACCUACACCAACAAUUGCUGCUUGUUUUGGCGGGCGACAAAUUCGUUGCUGCAACCAUUAAGCGUGCAGAGCUCGAAAUGAAUUUGACUAAAGAUCAGUGCCAGAGCCAUCUUGGCAAGGGUCUAGUUCAUCUCCUAAAUGAUCAGAAGAUGCGUGCUCAGGAGGAGGAUGUGAAAGGCCAAUACAACUUGUUGCAAUCUCAUUACAAGGUUGACAUCAACGACCAGAACCUGGGUCAUGCUGCGUUUAAGAGUAUCGUUCAGGAUCGUGACAGAUUUCGUGUCCGUGUCCAGAAGUAUCUCGAAAAUAGAAAUACAGAUUUAGAAUCGGACGAACAGCAGCUAUUGACGUGCUUCGACCUAACGCGGCAAUUGUGGGAAAAGUCCGAAAAGUACAGCUCAGAGUUGUCACGCAUAGAGGCCACUCUGCGGGCACACGCACAGGAGGUACCUGCACGAGCACAGACGAAGAAAGUACCUCAGGAGGCUGCAGGCGUCGCUCUUGCUUGGCAAAGAGUACGGGAGAAGCUUGCGCAGGCGGCAAGCAGGUUGGCAGAGAUUCAGCAGCGCCAAGACAACGUGCGCGAUACGUUGGAGAAGAUUCUCAAAAGGACGGAAGAGCGCGGCUUCGAAGAAGAGGCGAGCAGCGCGCUGGCGGAGAUUGAGCGCCUCCAAGGCGAGAUGGACGGCGCGUUAACGGAGAUUCUAAACACCGAACAAGAGGCGGUCGCCCUGUUGCCCGAAGUUUGUCUUGAAGUGACUGGGUGCCACACGAAAGAGGAACUCCGCACGCUGGUGGAACUGAUUAAGCACCUCCAAGACCAGCUGGGACAAAGGCGCGUGAAUAUUGACAACCUUCGAAAAAAAGUGAGCCACGACAUCAAGUUGGCGCAGAAGCUUCAAGUUAAUCAAGCCGCCAUCAACGCGCCCGUUGCAAACUCGAACUCCCGUCGUGCCAUUCCUGAGGGAAUUGGAAAGUCGAACUCCCGUCGUGUUCUGGAGAUUCCUGAGGGAAAUGGAGGAUUGAUGAAGCCAGUCAUCAAGGUUGAUCCGACCACAACUGACCCAGUAAAGCGUCAGAACCUUCCUCCCCAACAACAACAAGGGGAGACUGGAAAUGAAGACGAGCCUCAAAAUCAGGGUGGAGGAACCGGAGGUGUAGACCCGGCACCCCAAAAUACGAAGGGCACUUGGACUAAUGGGGGCAUUGCAUUGGUGGUUUCUCUGUCUGUGCUAGGCGCUGCCGCGGUAGCUGGCGGUUCAUUCCUGGUGUACAGACAUUGCACCAACAAGGCCUCAACCGCAGAACGGGCCCCGGUAGAGGUGUAAGGAACCGAUGACGGGCGUUGAUAUGAAGAACAGGAUCUUUGGGAGAUCAAGCUGGGACGUCAAGCUGUCAGAAAGGUGUCAGGGAAUCGAAGAGAGGACACUCAAGAGGUCUGGGACAACAAAACUCAAAAUAAGCGAGUAACAGACGAGAAUAACCGAGAUACUGAUCAUGAGAAGAGAGAGUUGUAGCCUUGACGUUAAGCUACGACCCUUAUUUCAGUCAGUAACCGGCUAUUUCAGUUUAUCGAAUAUUUGACUGUUGCAACUGCUGGAAGGCACAGCCGUCAUUCAGUCUGGACUCUCCCUCGAUCUCGACGUUUUUCAUUCUGCAAUUUUUAAUUAGAUUUGUUCCUAUUUUCCACACCUAUCGCUGUCCCAUACCAUAGAAGUAAGGACUUACAGGUAAUUUCUAUUUCGUUUACUUUGUCUAAGUAUCGCCAGCAGCCUACGCCCACUAGGUAAGACGAGAAGUAGUGUAGAGGCCCUACAUAACAACUUUUGUUAUCGGGAUUAGAAUUCAUUUCUUAACAUUGAGUAUGGAUUCGCACUAUCUUCAUCACGUGAUUUCUUAAAAUGGCAAGGGUAAGCUCAAAAGGGGUGGAGGAAGCACGAUUAGAACAAAAAUGUUGUGACUGGAGUAAACACGGUAAUCAUUUUCAUCUCUCUAUUAUCUAAGAACCUAUUUGACUUGGUUAUCUACAGUUCGAAAUGAGUUGCAUGAUGAUGACUAUCUAUUCUGAACAUUCGUACCUUCCUACUUCUUUUUAUCUUCGAUACACUGAAGCUAAGCAAGGGUGAGGGUAUCAUAAAUAAGUAAUUUUUACUCUACUUUUUUGGCUUUUUGGCAUUACCACGUAUAUCUUAAGUUAUUCGAAGUUUUUUAACUUCGCGAUUGAUGAACAGAAGACAUGAGGGUAAGGUCUUAGCCAGGGUAUCUAUUGUGAUAAGAACAAGAUGAUAUGUUGGGAUUCGAUUUUUCAUCAAUUAUUUGAUUACCACGUAGAACAAGGAAUUGGCAAGAUUGAAAUUGUUGAGGCGCUCAAAUAAAUAUUGAAAAGACUGAAUUAUUGGACCAUGAGUAGAAUCAGUUCAUCAUAUUUUGAUGAAGGUUUUUUCAUGUUGUUUUUUAAACUGAUCUUCGGAUGACAGGGUAUUAUCUCUUCAUCAACCUUAGUGCUAGGGGAAGCCACUAGGUGUAUGCAAGAAAGAAAAGCACAGAGUAUAUGAAAGGCUAAAAGACCACUUUUCGUUUCGUUUUUUAUCAAUGAGUAACAAUCUUGAGCACAGGCUAUUGCAUUUAGCACUAACAGGUAGGUUAUAUCGUUGUAAAAAAUGAACAGAUGAAGAAAAGAUUUU